GAUUCCGCGGGAGGGCGGCAGAAAUACCGCGAUAUUUGGGGUCGGCCCCCGAGACGCGCCUGACGCGGAUCCUAAAUCCUGACAGCUUUAUGGAGCCCGGGCCUGGCAGGCUCCCAGAACUUGAAGCCACCAGACCCCACAUGGAACCAAAGGCCUCCUGUCCAACUGCUGCACCCUUGGUGGAGAGAAAAUUCCAUGUUCUUGUGGGUGUCACGGGGAGUGUUGCAGCCCUGAAGUCGCCUCUUCUGGUGUCAAAGCUUUUGGACAUUCCUGGGCUGGAAGUAGCAGUGGUCACAACUGAGAGAGCCAAACAUUUCUACAGCCCCCAGGACAUUCCUGUCACCCUCUACAGCGAUGCUGAUGAAUGGGAGAUGUGGAAGAGCCGCUCUGACCCAGUUCUGCACAUUGACCUGCGGAGGUGGGCAGACCUCCUGCUGGUGGCUCCUCUUGAUGCCAACACACUGGGGAAGGUGGCCAGUGGCAUCUGUGACAACUUGCUUACCUGCGUCAUCCGGGCCUGGGACCGCAGCAAACCCCUGCUCUUCUGCCCGGCCAUGAACACCGCCAUGUGGGAGCACCCUAUCACAGCACAGCAGGUAGACCAGCUCAAGGCCUUCGGCUAUGUCGAGAUCCCCUGUGUGGCCAAGAAGCUGGUGUGUGGAGACGAAGCCUGGUGACUUGAUGCUGAUUAAGACUUGGAAAGAAGACAAGCUCCACCCAAGCUGGGAAGGUCCCUAUCAAGUGCUCCUGACCACGGAGAUGGCCCUGCAAACAGCUGAAUGGAGAUGGACUCACUAUACUAGAAUCAAGGGACUGGUAAAAGAGGCCCUGGAAGGGAGGGAAAAAGACCAGUGGAAAGUGCCCGAGUCUAACUUUAAGGAACCCUUAAAGUUAACUCUAAGAAAAAUUUAAAAAGAAAACAUGGGUUGGCCCCAUUUCUGGAAGUUAAUAUGACUGGGAUGGGCUACUAUGCAAAGAGCAGAAGGUCAAAAUGGAAGCUGGCAGGGGACUCCUCUCUACCCAGUCAGGUUGGUGAUUAAUGUGACCAAGACAGUAGCACCCCAGACUAUAAGAUUUAAUGCCUGCCAGGUUUUACCUUGUGGAAAUUUAAAAAAUCAGAGACAGAUCUCACAGGCAGAUAAGUAUAUUUGCCCUAAACCAAAUAUAGGUUACAGUAGGGCAUCGCCCUGCCCAAACUGGGAUAAUAUAUGGUGGACUACCCAAUUUCAGGGUUGGACAGUAAACAUGGGGUGGGUAACUCCAAGCUGGAGACCCCUAAAGAGUAAACUACAUCUGUCCAAGGGCUUCCUGCCAAAUUACUGCCAGAAUUUUUUUUGAGACGAGUCUCCCUCUGUCGCCCAGGCUGGAGUGCAGUGGCCGAUCCCAGCUCACACACACAGGAGGAGAUCGAAACCAUC